AGCCGUUUGGAAGAGCGUGAAGUGGCCGCGCACACCGAUUACAAGGUAGAUUACGGCUUGAGUUACGAUUGAGGAAGGGAGGUCUCCCGCUACAGCUGCGUGCCGCCGGCGGUACACCCGCAGGAGUUCGGCAUGUCCUCCAUCAUUCUCUGCCUACAGGAACAAAUGCACAAAGACGCUCACCACGGUGUUGGUCCCAAAUGUCAGAAAGCUAUGUAUUACCAUCGACAAGCCAUGAUGAACAACAUCAACGUGUCACCGAAUAUUCUGGUGUUCUGUAAGACGGACAUUGAGCGUCACUGCAGGAAGAAGGGCGUCCAGCCGCUGGCCUACGUACACUGCCUGAUGGGCGCCGCUCAGCCUCGCAUGUGGAGGAGCCAAAACGAUAACGAGAGCCAGUACGCUGGCCAGUUGGAGCCUGCCUGCCAGCGCAAGCUGGAAAAGCUCCUGUUGAUAGCUGACCCGGCUAGCGACAUUCGAGUGGAUUUGGUAUUGCAUCAGGCAUGUGCCAACAUAAUCUACAACUGUUGUGGAGGCAAUAUGCAUGCGCCCGCGCAGCAUAUGAUGGGUUGCCUGAUGGAAAACAUUGGGGCUCCGGAGAUGACGGAGAACUGCGAGAAACAUCUGCGGGAAUUGCAUUACUUUGUGUCACGGAAUAUCCGGAUGAACGGGGAACUUGUCUUCGCCUGCAAGGAUUCAGGCUUCAGAUUAUGCGGGUUGAAGGACCGGUACCAGGAUGAAGAUCGCUGGCAGGUGCCGGAUGCCGGUCCAGUCGCCAUCAGCUGUCUGUAUCGGAACGCUAUUGUUACGGCACCUUUUAAAGACGAUCUAACCACGCAGUGCCAGUGUAAAGUCUUGGAGCUGGCGCGCCGGCGGGUCCUCGCUCAUGAUCUGCCUCCGCAUAUCGACACGGUAUGCAUUCCUGAUCUGGCCAACUUCUGCUCAGACAAGCCGCUCCUCCCGGGCCAGGAGGUGAACUGUCUGCAAAAUCACUACGCCAAAUUGCAGACAGACUGCAAGGCCGCCCUGAUUGAGUACUCCCGGGCCGUUCAUCAUCACCCCAAACUGAGCAACGCCUACUAUAGCUGCGGCAGAAUGCUGGAGAAGUUCUGUCGCGGAGUACUGUAUAAUCCAUUCACCCUCGCCGAUGCCAUGCAGUGCCUGAUGCCCUUCAAGGAGGCCACCGAGAUGGGCAGGACUUGCCAGGCUGAGAUUCAGCACUACCAAAGGGCGAACAUCAACGAACUGAAUCUCAAUAUCCCAUUCAAGGAAGCCUGCAACGAGGACCGGGUGGUGUUUUGUAAAGGGCCAGAUGGAAAAGAACUGACCGAUAUUGGGGAAGUGGUACUGUGCUUGAGCUCUCAUGACCGCGAGGGCAAUGUCAGCGAUGUCAAACCCCGCAUCAGUGCCUCGUGUCGGAAACAGCUGAAAUCCUUUGUGUGGAUGAACGACAGUCUUACUUAGUUAGUCAAGAAUUAACUAAGCCAACGAUCACGUGAAGCGAUGAAUUUUCAUUAUUCAUUUUCAUUCAUUUCAUUAGUUUUCAUUGCAAUUUUCUUUUUUUUAUUAUACAGUGCAUGAUUAUGAUGUGAUUAAACAAACACCAUUUUGCGCUCAUUUUGUUCUCAAUCAUUUUUGCUGCUUUCCAAUAACUACUGC